UUGUUCAUAUCCCGACGAUUCCAUCGCUUGACGCAAUGUGCACUUUUGGUAUCUGGCCUACCUUCUCUUCUCAAGCUAGCUGUUCCAGACGAUAUGUUGGCCACGGCGAAAAAUGCACUUUCUGAACACACCAUUUCUCGAACAUCUAGGGAAUGGGUGUUUCAGGUUGCUGGGUGUCCUCCAACAAGAGCAAGGCUUUAUUUUCAAAAUGGCAUUCCUUAA